GCUCUCCAUGAUGGAGGACGAUGUGUCUGAUCAGGCCUCUGACGCAGGAAGUGAGGAGGUCCUGACACCCGUGGAGCUCAUUAACAAGCUGGAGGAGGCUUGGCUCAAUGAGAAGUUUGCUCCUGAACUCCUGGAGAGUAAAUCUGAGAUUGUGGAGUGUGUGAUGGAGCAGCUGAACCACAUGGUAAUGUAUCUGAGUAAUUUCUCGAUCUCGACGGGUGAUCUGAAAUCAGCGCUUUUAAAUCACAUGGAGAUAGAAAGGAUCCGCUUCAUGCUCAGCAGUUACCUGCGCAGCCGCUUGCUCAAAAUAGAGAAGUUUUUCCCGCACGUCCUGGAAAAGGAGAAGUCCCGAGCGGAGGGGGAGCCCCCACAUCUGUCCCCGGAGGAGUUUGCUUUUGCAAAAGAGUAUAUGGCGCACACUGAGGCUUUAUUAAAGAACAUGGCUCUGCGUCACAUGCCCCCAAAUCUACAGACAUUGGACCUAUUGAAGUGUGUGCCCAAACCGGACCUGGACUCGUUUGUGUUCCUGCGGGUGAAAGAGGAGCAGCAGAGCAUCCUGGUGGAGCCGGAGACAGAUGAGCAGAGGGAAUACGCCAUAGAUAUGGAGGUCGGGUCUCAGCAUCUUAUCCGAUAUCGUACGAUAUCGCCUCUCGUGGCCUCCGGAGCCGUGAAACUCAUCUAAAGACACAGAAGGAGCAUCUGAUACGGACUGAGCGCUACAUGGCGCAAUGCCUGUCCUGACCACAGGAUGGCAGCAGAGAGGUUGUGAAGUGGCCGGGCCUGGGAUGUGCGAAUCAUUGAACUUUCUCUGUUCUCAGCAGCUCAGUGUACCGUGUGACAUAUAGUAAUGACUAGUAUUGGAUUACCGCUCAGCAGUGGAU